ACCAAAAAUAAAUAUGCGAAGUAUAUAAUGCAUUCUUAACCGCUAAGCUACCCUGCACUUUCACCUCUUCGCACUCCCCCCAAUAUAAACCACAGCAACACACCCAAAGACAGACACAACACAACACAGAGGAAGAAGGCAUUCAUAUAAUGAUAAUGGUAGCAAAGGCGGUAGAGCCAAAGAGAGUAAUGGAGUUUGAUAACCUUCCAGAAGGAUGCAUUGCAAAUGUGCUAUCCUUCACGACUCCUCGCGACGCCUCCGCCCUUUCAGUGGUUUCCUCCUCCUUCCGCUCCGCGGCCCAAUCUGACCUCGUUUGGGAGAGGUUCCUCCCCUCCGAUUACCUAUCCAUCCUCUCCCAAUCGCAAUUCCCUCAUCUCUCUUCCAAGAAGGACCUGUUUUUCCAUCUCUGCCACAAGCCCCUCCUCGUUGACUCCGGCAAAAAAAGCUUUGCAUUGGAUAAGAAAUACGGGAAGAAAUGUUACAUGCUCUCGGCUAGGUCUCUCUCUAUUGUAUGGGGAGAUUCACCCAGGUACUGGAGAUGGAUUUCUCUUCCAGACACCAGGUUUUCGGAGGUAGCAGAACUUGUAAGUGUAUGCUGGCUGGAAAUUAGGGGGUGGAUCAACACAGCCAUGCUCUCUGAAGACACAAUGUACGGAGCUUAUCUUGUCUACAAGCCAAGCCUGAUGGGUAGAUCCUACGGUUUCGAUUACCAGCCGGUUGAGGUCACCGUUGGCAUCGCCGGAGAGUCCGAUCCUCCAAAGCGAACUGUCUAUUUGGACGCAGAAAAGCCCCAGGGGCAAAGUAUGCGCCAAAUUAUUCCUCGCAGAUCCCGUCGUCGUUAUCGAUUGAUGGCCGACGUUGAAGAGCCAGCCCCACUGCCGCCACCGCCAUCUCCUGAACCUUCUGUGGAGAGUGUUCCUGAUUGCAAAGGUGGGAGUGAGUGUCCGAAGAAGAGAGAUGACGGGUGGUGGGAGAUUGAAUUGGGCGAGUUCUUCAACAAAGGAUGUGAAGACAGGGAAAUGGAAAUGGCUGUUUAUGAAGUCAAGAGUGGCGAUUGGAAGGGUGGGCUUGUCGUUCAAGGAAUUGAAAUAAGGUCUAAGUUCAACCCAAUCAAUUCAAUCAAAUCAAAUUAGUAAUAAUCUAUACCCAAGAAGGGCAUGUUUUCUUCUGAUCACUUUAUGAUUAGUACAUGUUUCUGCAUUCUUUUCUUUUCGUUUUCAAUGUCUUUCUUCCAUUUAAUAGUGUCUCUGUAGACCAAAAUUUUUGGGUAGUUUAAUGAAAUAUGAUCUUAUUUGCAUGGA